AUGUGGAAAAUAUCAGCCGUGAUUAUAGCAUGCGUAUCUUUUUUGGUACUUCCCCAAGGAGGAAUAUACCCAAAAAUCCCAGGAUUGGAACUAUCUACUGCACCUGGACCAUUCUCGGCACUUGGACCCAUCCCAGCAUUUGGACCCAUCGCAGCACCUGGACCCAUCGCAGCACUUGUACCAUUACCAGAAACUAUCGCAGAACGUGGACCCAUCCCAACACCUGAAGCGAUCCCAGCACCUGUACCAUCACCAGUACCAGAAACUAUCGCAGCAGCUGGACCCAUCCCAACACCUGAAGCGAUCACAGCACUUGUAACAUUACCAGUACCAGAAACUAUCGCAACACCUGAACGCAUCCCAGCACCUGUACCAUUACCAGUACCAGUAUCAGAAACUAUAGCAGCACCUGGACCCAUCCCAACCCCUGAAACUGCCUUGCAGCCAAUCCAAGACCCAGAAAGAAUUGUAGCUGGAACCUGCGCUAGAACAAAGAAAGCAGAGUAUGCAGUGUCCCGGGCAUUUCAGCGGAGAACAUCACAAGAACGCGAGUAUUUCUGGAUGCUACUUGGUGGUCCCCUGUUCCUCAGCCUGAUCACACUCACUGCGUGUGUGACUGUGUGGUGCCACCUUCGGCGAGUUUCGUACAGGGAACAUGAGAGAACACAGAAACCGGCACAGUCCAAGAUGUCAGUACACCAGUGGGAAUGUGUACAGCUAGAGAUGAGAGACGUGCUGGCGAAAGUGCAAAAAUCUGUAGAACUACGUGCACAGGUCCAGAAGGAGCUUCACACAUCCUCUCUUAUGGUGAAGGAAAGAGACGAAAAACUUGUUCAAUUAAGGAAUGAGUUGGAUAAAAUUACCAUGAUUGUGAAGGCUCAGCGAGAAUGUUGCAAUCAGUUAGUCAGUGAUUCCACCAGGACAGCCGAGAUGGAGGAGGAAGAACAACCUCCCCACAUUCAGGAACCAGGUCUCAGUCCCUCAGACCCCACACAGAGAGACCUAUGA